UUUCAUUAUUGAAAUGGAGAUUCAAAUAACCAAAUGUUUUUUAUGUAUUGAUAGAGGGGUAAAAAAUUGGUGGGGCCGGGGGUAUACAUUUAAUUUUUAUUAAAGAAAAAAUAUUUUGUUUAAGCUGUAUUAAGUGAAAGAUGGAGGUUUGUCGAGACAUACUCUGGGACCCAGCUGUCUCAUGGAAUACGACCAACCCAAAUCUGUCGUCUUGCUUACAGGAUGUGCUGGUGUCAAGUGCAAGCUUUCUGUACAUAUUUCUCUCCCCAGCUUGGUUAUGUACACUGUACAGCAGGCCUACAGGUCUACUCGCUGCCCCUAGAGGUGGACGCUUUGGAACCAUCUUGGUUUCUUUGAGACUUCUCUGUUUCCUCAUCUGCUUUAUUGCAUCCAUCUGCAUUCCAGUUCUACAGAGUGGGUUGUGUAUCAUGGAUCUUGUAAGUUCUUCUUCUUUAGCCGCUGCUGUCUUUAUAUCAGUAGUUGCAGAAUGUUUAAUGGUUCGACGGCUUCAGCACACCUCCGUUGUACAAACUUCAUUCUGUGUUCUUCUAACUAUUCUGCUAUUGCCAGGAUUAAAGCUAAGUAUUGAGGAUCUGCUGUGGAGCACAGACGACAAUUUUUCUCUUCAACUCCUAAAUAUUGUCAGAUGGGUAUUUGUACUGGUUUGUACGGUACUGCAAGGAUUUUCUAAUACCUCUCUUCUACCGCUGGAUACAACGCCAGAAGUUGCCGCAUCUGCACUAUCGUCGUUUUUCUUCAGUUGGUUUACUGGACUGAUUUGGAAAGGAUGGAAGAAGCCUCUGGUUCAAGACGACAUUCCAGAUCUCCAUCCUACGGUUUGUGUACGUGAGAAUGCUGAAAAACUACGACUAGUUCAGGAGAAUUCUAGGAAACAAGGAACCAAGUUUAAUCUAACCAGAAACUUAUUUUUCUGUUUCGCUGGACACUUCCUGAUUGGUUUACUCUUGUUCUUCAUCAGACUGAUAUUUGUGUUCAGUACUCCCAUGAUCCUCAAGCUGACCGUUCAGUUUAUAUCUGAUCAGGAUGUUCCUCUCUGGAGAGGGUACUUUUAUGCAAUAGUAAUGGCACUCUUCAAUUUCGUUGCUGUAAUGUUAGAUCACCAAGGACUAAGACUGGUCUGUAUCUCAGCAAACCAGAUGAUGACAGCGGUUACAGCUGCUGUCUACAGGAAAUCACUGAGACUCAGUAACUUAGCACGGCAGAAGUUUACUACCGGUGAAAUCACCAACUUCAUGUCUGUCGAUGCUAAGAGAUUGAUUGAAACAAUUCCGUUUUCCUACUUCAUCUUCAUCUCUCCGUUCGAGAUAGUGAUCUGUCUGGUUCUUAUCUACUACAAUAUAGGUGUGUCAAUGUUUGCUGGGAUUGGAGUUCUGGUAAUUGUAAUUCCCAUUAACCUGAUCACAAGUUCUAAAGCAGAAAAGGUUCUGGAUGAUCAGCUCACGGCAAAGGAUAAAAGAAUUAAACUUAUGAGUGAAAUCCUGUCUGGGAUGAAAGUUUUAAAACUCUAUGCCUGGGAGAAACCUUUCAUGGAGUCUAUUAACAAGAUAAGAAACUCGGAGGUUGAUAUCAUCAAGUGUAUCGCCAAGCUUUGGGCCCUGGUUAAUUUUACCUUCGGAAGUGUACCCUUCUUAAUGACCCUGGCCACCUUCUUCACCUUCACCUUCUCCAACUCUAAGAAUGUCCUGACUGCUGAUCUGAUCUUUGUCUGCCUAUCUCUCUUCAGUCUUAUCCGUCUACCCCUUACACUUUUUCCCUUAGCUCUCAUUGAUGUCUUGAAGCUUGGAGUUUCACUCAAAAGGUUGGAUGAGUUCCUAAAUGCUGAUGAGCUUGAGAAUGCUGAUGAAGUUGAAUUUCCAUCAAAGACUUCUAGCGCAAUUGAGAUAUCAUCAGGAACAUUUACAUGGGAGAACAAGGAAGAGCCCAUUUUGUCCAGUAUUGAUGUUGAGAUCAAGCAUGGGGAGCUGGUGGCCGUUGUAGGAUUAGUUGGUGCAGGAAAGUCAUCUUUCCUUUCAGCUAUUCUUGGUGAAAUGAUCAGGCUUCAAGGAGAUGUGCGUAGGUCUGGACGUACAGCAUAUGUUGCACAGCAAGCCUGGAUUCAAAAUCUUACAGUGAAGGAAAACAUACUCUUUGGACGAACUGUUGAUGAGAGUCUGUACAACAAAGUGAUUCAGAAAUGUUGUCUUACCUCUGAUAUUCAACAGCUACCAGCUGGAGAUUCUACUGAGAUCGGAGAGAACGGCAUAAAUGUGUCUGGCGGCCAAAAACAGCGUAUUGCCCUAGCUCGGGCUGUUUACCAGCAAGCAGAUGUUUACCUCUUGGAUGAUCCGCUGGCAGCAUUGGAUGCUCAUGUUGGCAAAGCAGUGUUUAAUGAUGUUCUCAGUAACACUGGUAUACUUAAAAAUGCUACACGGGUCUUGGUUACCCACAAUCUGUCAGCACUGAAGCAUGUUGACAGGAUACUGGUUUUCAGGGAAGGAAAACUGGAAGAAAAUGGUUCAUUUGAAGAGCUUUUGCAUAACAGAGGACCAUUUUCAGAGUUUUUAAAAAAUCAUCUAACAAAUCCAACAGAGGAGGAUAAGGAGACUAUCAAGGAAAUAUCUUCAGUUGUUGGGGAAGUUCAUAUUGCAAGCUCUGUUGAAAAAACACCUGAGGUUGGAAGUGUUCCUCAUAGUUUCCGAAAAAUGCUUUCAGAUGGUUCUAAUUCAUCCCCUAGAUUCAGAAUACUUCAAGAUACCACUAGCUUUGAUGAGGAAAGGAUUUAUGGGUUACCUUGUACCCCUCUUCUUGCAGCAGCACCUUCUCAAACAGAGCAUAUAAUGAAGAAGCAGGACUCAUGUUCUGGUGAUGGUAAGCUAACAGAAGAUGAAGAGGCCCUCACUGGUAAUGUUAAAAUGGCAAUCUACCUUAAAUAUAUGAAGUCCCUGGGUGUUACCACAUUUGUGUUUACUGUUCUGAUGUACUUCUUCUGUGAAUCCAUUACAACAGGGUCUUCACUGAUGUUAGCGCUCUGGGCUGAUGAUCCCAACAAAAACGAACCAAAGACAAGAAACACUUACAUGAUAGUAUACGGAGCUCUAGGGAUAUCUCAGACUGCUUUCUUCCUCUUCAAGGAGCUUGUCUUAUUCUUGGCUUGUGCCAAGGCCUCCAGAUCUAUUCACAAUGUUUUGUUGGCCAGGAUUAUGCACAGUCCUAUGUCCUUUUUCGACACUAACCCCAUUGGUCGAAUACUUAAUAGAUUCUCAUCAGAUAUUGACUCAGUGGAUCAGACCAUUCCCUUUCUUAUUGAUGACUUCAUGAACUGUUUUGUUGAAGUUGUCGGUAUUAUUGUGGUUAUCUCCUACUCCACUCCAUGGUUCCUUCUUCUACUUCUUCCCAUUGCUGCAGUAUAUCUAACCCUACAGAAGUUCUACAUAUCCUCUGCUCGACAGUUCAGACGUCUAGAAAUGAUUUCAAAAUCUCCAAUUUUCUCUCAUUUCACAGAAACGGUUACUGGAGCUGCGUCCAUUCGGGCCUUCCGGGCGGAAUCAAGAUUCAUUGGAGAAUCUGAGGAUCUUGUGAGCAGGAACAAUCAGUGCCAAUGGAGUUCCCUCAACUCAAACCGGUGGCUGGGAACUAGAUGCGAGAACCUUGGUAAUGUGAUCAUUCUUGUGUCUGCAGUUCUUGUUGUUUAUGGGCGGGGAGUAGUAACUCCGGGACUGGCCGGGUUAUCUAUCAGCUACUCCCUGCUGGCUACUGGUUCUAUGAACUGGAUGAUCAGGAUGAUGUGCUCUCUGGAGACCAACUCCAUCUGUCUGGAGAGGAUCUUUGAGUACACUGAGAAACCCCAAGAGGAUGCUUGGGAUACACCUGACGAUACGAGUAUAGAUCCAGAGUGGCCUCAGCAGGGGAAAAUAGAAUUUUGUGACGUAUCUGUGCAGUACAGGGAGGGUCUGCCUUCCGUCAUAAAAAAUCUGUCUCUUACCAUCAGGGGUGGAGAACGUAUAGGAGUGUGUGGUAGAACUGGGGCUGGGAAAUCUACCCUCUCUCUUCUCCUGUUUAGAAUGAUGGAGCAUACUCAGGGUAAAAUACUGAUAGACGGCGUUGAUAUUUCUAAACUGGGUCUACAGAACCUCAGAUCUAAGUUGACAAUUAUCCCUCAGGAUCCUGUGCUCUUCUCCAGUACUCUAAGGUUUAACUUGGACCCUGUCGGUCAACAUUCAGAUACAGAACUAAUUAGAGUUCUCAACCUUGCUGGACUUCAAGAGUUCUCCAGUCAGCUAGAUCAGGAGGUGCAGGAGAAGGGAGAAAACUACAGUGUAGGACAACGUCAGCUUCUUUGUCUUGCCAGAGCACUUCUUAGAAACUCCAAACUUCUUCUGCUAGAUGAAGCUACUGCAGCUGUUGAUGUUCAAACAGAUGACAUUGUUCAACAGACAAUUAGGAAACAAUUCCAGGGUUGUACUGUGCUCACAAUAGCUCACCGUCUCAACACAAUAAUGGAUAGUGACAGGGUGAUGGUUCUGGACAAAGGAGAGCUUAUGGAGUUGGAUUCUCCAGGGAAGCUUUUAGAUCAAUCCUCCUCUAUGUUCUUCUCCUUGGCCAAACAGUCGGGGAUAGUCUGAUGUCAGGCCAGGCCAAUAUCAGGAACCAAUGUAUAAGAAAAAGUAUUUAUGAAUCUAUCCAUCCAUCCAAACGUAAAUUCGCGAUCUCUACAGAGCUCUUAUUUGUACAGUGUACAUACUUUAUCACAGGUUUUGCACAGUGCACAUUGUACACUGUACAAAAUGAACGUGUACCUUCAAUAGAAUAUAUAUUAUAUAUUAUGUUAGCAUAUGUAUACCAUUCUUGUUAGAUUUACAAUUUAUUUUCUUAAUUCAGUUAGCCUGCUUAGCCAGUUUGUUAAAAGAAACAAAUUAAAAUAAAUGUUAGUUUUUAUUA